ACCCUGCAGAUGCGCAAGCCCUACACAAUCACCAAGCAGCGCGAGCGCUGGACGGAUGAGGAGCACGACCGCUUCGUGGAGGCGCUGCGCCUCCACGGGCGGCAGUGGCGCAAGAUAGAGGGCCAUGUCAAGACCAAGACUGCCGUGCAGAUCCGGUCGCACGCCCAGAAGUUCUUCAGCAAGCUCGAGAAGCAGCAGAUGCAGCUGCAGGCGGGGCUGCAGCCCACCCUGGACCUGGCGGUGCCGCCGCCGCGCCCCAAGCGCAAG